GGGAAGGUUUGAAAUUUGCAACGGAGAGAAGCGGCGGACGGUUUGCGUGCUAGGGCGGGCGGGCGAUGGUGAUCGGGCCACCCGAAGGGGGAUCCCGGGACGGGGCGGUGAUGGCGGAGCGGGAGGAGCCCGUUUCCUCGGUGCCGGGGAUGGGCGGGGCAGAGACAAGCGCCGGGCGAGCAGCACCUGUAGCUGUCGAAGAGACCUGUGAGACCCGACGGGAGGCGACGGUGGUGGAGGAGGAAGCGAUGGAAGGAGGAGACCCGGAGGGCAGCGGGUGGGGAGAAGAAGCUUUACCACCUGUGCCAGGUGCCGGGGACUCUGAACCAGAGAAAAGUGUCCAGGAUCCUAAACUUGACGAGGGUGAAGAUGGUGAUGAUGAAUGCAGCAGUUCCAGUGAUUAUGGGAGUCACGACAAACCCGGGACCGCCUUGCAAAGAGUUGAGCCAGAGGGGAAUACGCGGCUUCCAGACAUCUUCCAGACAAACAACCUCCUUUUUUACGAGCGGUUCAAGGCCUACCAGGAUUAUAUGCUGGUGGAUGCUGUCCAGACGCUGGAGCGUGGCCUGGCUGUAGUCCUGGAAUGGACCAGGGCUAACAGGCUGAAACUGAAACCAGGCGUGCAAGCACCCCUCGCAAAUGGUGCUGUGCAUGAGUGUGCUCCGCCCCCGACUGGGCCACGGACGCACAUGUCCUGCCCCCCCGUGACCGCACUCCAACCCUGCGAACAUGCUGUGCAUGUUGUUGAUGUCGAAUACUCCACCCUAAAAGCCGUGGUGCGCCUCUGUGAGCCUUUCCUGUGCGAGACCCAAGAGGGCACCUUCACACCGGAGCGCAUGCAGGAACUGCUUGAGUUGAAAGAACAUCGGCUGCCAUUGCAGGAGCUGUGGGUCGUGUUCGAGGAAUCGGGGGAAUUUGACCAGACGGCCCUUGCUGUUGAGCAUGUCAGGUUUUUCUACAAGCACAUUUGGCGGAGCUGGGAUGAAGAGGACGAUGAUGACUUUGAUUAUUUCGUCAGAUGUGUUGAACCUCGACUCAGAUUGUACUAUGACAUCGCUGAGGAUCGGGUCCCUUCCACCCUUGUGGCCGAGUACUACAGCCGUCUUGCCCAGUGCGAGGAGCAAUACCGGGCUUUCGUAGAUGUGAGGAACAGGCUCUCUGGAGGCGAUUCCGAUUCCGAAGCAGAAAACGUCUGUGUGGUGGAAGGGAUGAAACUCUACGAAAGGAUAGAGCACUUGAAACAGAAGCUGAAACUCAUUGAAAAUCCUCUGUUGAGGUACGUGUUUGGCUAUCAGAAGCACGCUGGUCUCCGAGCGAAAGGCGCACGCUCAUCCGGCAACACCAUCACCCAUGUUGUGUCUUCCACAAUGAUGUCCAGCCUCUUAGAGUGUCUGGUCAGGGACAAGCUUUCUCCAGAACCACCUCAUGAAGAAAUGCAAAUCCAGUUCCACCAUGAUUUACAGUCUGCUAUGACUGCUUGCUAUGAAGGAGACACAAUCAUCAUCUGCCCAGGACAUUACACUGUUGAGGGCAGUCUGUACAUUGCAGACUCUGUUUCUCUGGAAGGCUACGGUCUGCCAGAUGAUGUUGUGAUAGAAGAACGAGGGAAAGCAGAUGCGUUCGUUGAAUGUACAGGAGCGGAUGUGAAAAUCUCCAGCCUGAAGCUCAUUCAGCACGAUGCAACGGAGGGCAUCCUGAGUAUUCACCGAGGGAAAACUUCGCUGGAGAACUGUGUGUUGCAGUGCGAAACCACAGGAGUUGCUGUCCGAACAUCAGCUGAGUUCUCCAUGAAAAAUUCUGACAUGUAUGGUGCAAAGGGUGCUGGUGUGGAAGUCUAUCCAGGGGGGACAUGUACCUUGAUUGGAAAUGGCAUACAUCAUUGCAAAGAGGGAAUCCUCAUAAAAGACUUUUUGGAUGAGCAUUAUGAAACUCCUAAAAUAACAAUGGUGAACAAUGUCAUCCAUAACAAUGAAGGGUAUGGAGUUGUGCUAGUCAAACCUACAGUCUGUUUGGAUAGAAAUGAGAAUGCACAAGAAAACUCAGAAGGACCGGUGAAGGAUACGCCGCUGGCUGGUGAUGCUUCCAACACGGGGUGUGAAAACCUACCAAGACAGACCAGCGGUGAAUUAGACUCCUGGGGGGAAAAGCCCACGGAGGAGAAUUCUGAGAUUGCCCAUGAACUUUCGGCCAUCUCACUGAAGAAGAGCCAGCAGCACAAAAAAAGACUGAGCCACCUGGGGAUCACAGAAGCAGAUGACGAUCUGAUGUCUCAAGCAAUGUUCGUCUCCAUUGUGGGCAACCAGUUCAAGAGGAACGGGAAAGGGAGUUUUGGAACUUUUCUCUAUUGACUUCCCAGAACGGCGGUGAAAUAGCACGUCCGUGUAGCUGCCGGCUCGCCUGUUUCCUGAAUAGCUGCCAGUUUUGCCAGUCUAUUUUUAUUUGGUUACAUUUCUCGCUUCCCUGCGAUUCUCGUGUAUUUAUUAAAAUUCUGUUUUAGCAACACACAGAUCCCAUAAAAUCUGUGCUCCUUCGAGCAAAUCUUGAACCCAGCGCUUGGACUAAAUGAAACUAUUCUCUAUUGGAGUCUUCUGAACAGGAUUAGCUUCUUUCCUUAUUAUGUAGAUCACUUUUUAAAAUUAUAGUAUUUAUCUUAGUUAUAAAACACCCGUUUUUUAAAAAAACCAAAAAAACAAAACAAAGCUGUAGGCACAAAGAGGCAGAACCAUGAAAUCCUUUCUUAUCUUUUGAUCACAAAUAAAAGAAACAUUUGUGUAUGUAUGACUAUGUGUACCGAUUUCAG